AUGCGCAUCCCAUUCCAUGAGCUCGGCGAUCUGACCGAACACUACGACAAUAACCCGCGUGAAUGGGCCCAACUAUCCAACUACUUCUACGACCGCGCCUCCGGCACCCUUCGAGUCUAUUUCUUGGUGGAAGGAGCGCUGGUGGCCCACGACGGGACACACCACGAGGCCAACGCCCUGGGCAAGCUGAACCUACAGCAGGUGAACGGGGACUACGCCGUGCUGGGUCGCAAGCAGACCGACUGGGUGACCGGCGUCGAGGGCAAUAUCAUCCGGGACGGUAUCAUCUUUCUCGCCCAGGCCCCGCGGCCCCUGAGACAGUACGGACGGGUGUUCGUCUACAAUUUCGGGGAGAAGAUGAUUCUGGACCACGAUCACGGCCAUCAGAAGCGUAGCGACAAGAAAUCUUGCAUGAAGAACCAUGGCGGGCCCAACUGCAGCAAUAAGUUCAAGAUCCACAGCAAAAAAUGCAAGAAGCGAAACGACCUCUGCAUGGACUACAACGGAUACUUCUCCACCUGUAAGAAGAACGGACCGACCUGGCGCAACUUCCCGGGCAGUGACUGCGACAAGGCACUGGGUCGCGGACACUGCUGGAACGAGGUCAUGUAA